GUCCCUCAACCCAUCUCCUCGUUGUGAGUGGUCUGCCGGAAGGAUCUCUCGACCCGCGCACGAUUCAGAGUACUCGUCCGUGCGAGCAACCCGCUGAUUCCCGAAACUCGUCUGCUCAAACCCUCUACCCAUGUCUUCGGAAACCCCUCUGGAUAACCGCACUCUGGAUACCCCAAUAUUCUCUUGAACUGCAGCUUUCAUUCCAUCAUGGCCUCCCAGACUGUCAACGUCGCUCGUUAUACCGCCCUGGUGUUCGGUAUCACCUACGGUAUCUUCCACCAGUCGACCCUCCAGGCCCGAUACGAUGAGAAGAAGGCCGGAGACGCCCAGGCUCACCGUCAACACCUGAUCGAGCAGGCCCGAACUGCUUAUGCCAAGAAGAAGGCCGACGAGGCGGCUGGUGUGAGCGCCAAAAAGGGAACCGGACUCGUAACGGACCCUGAAGACCCAAAAUUCGACCUCGAAAAGCUCGUCAACUCGUGGGCCGAGUCUUCCUAAAAAGUCGAUCGACAAGUGGAGAGAGGGGGGCAGAGGAUGAGUAUGGGAAGGGAUGUGUAAAGCGAGAUAGAAUAUCAUCAUGUGCGAUUUCGAGAGUGGGACCUCAAGGACGUGGUGCAGUGCGGUUUCGUUGUUGGCCUGCUUUUGGAACGUUUCGGAUUCUCAUCGGAUGAUUUUGUUAUCCCUCGAUCCCUCGCUCGCGUGCUUUUCGCCCGGUCGAUAUGAAUACGUGUCAGCUCUCUAAGCGGCGGGUAGGUAGACCAUCACCGAACCUAAAAAGAUGGACUGCAGCAC